AUGUACGGUAGGCCGAAAGAACUAGAAAAAUUAGAUCUUCGAAUUAAAGUAAACGGCCCUUGUCUGACAUCAUUGACAAGCCAUCAAGAAGAGAGAAAUAAGAUUAAAUAUAUAACAAUAACAACAAUAAAUAGUGAAAAUUCAUACAAAUCUACGUUACAAAAAGUUUUUGGAGACAAGUAUCAUGUACCUUCAGAUGAGAGGAUAAAAAUCUUGCGAUCUGAUGUAAUUCCUGCAGAUGAGCAGACACAAACGACACACACUCAGGAGACACAAAAAUCAACUUCCAAUCAAUCCGAUGAUUUCUUUUCCCUGAAUAUUGUUGAUCCCGUAAUGACAACCUUUAAUAGCCGAUCUGCAGGAAUCACCUCAAGUAAAUCAAAUAGCUCAGUUCUAGCGUUGCCGGCGGACGAGUUUUCUACAGCUAACACACAUUUUAGCGAACACAGCGGAUUAUUCGUUACAGAUUUGCCACCGUUAAAAAUACUUAGUGGCAGAUGUUCUAGCGGUGCAGUUCAAGAUAAACAGUUGAUGAGGUCUUUAGAAGAAAGAACAAACGAAACUGAGAAUUCAAUAACGCCACAACGAGAUGUAGAAAUUAUGGGCGAGUCUGAAGGAAUUCAAUCUGAUUCCAAUUAUUUUUCACCGUCUUCAAGCCUUAUUUUACCAAAAAAAGUACCAAGUGCUCUACAAGAAAUAGAUAAAAUGAAAAAAAUAAAGAAAACACAGCGUUUCCUAAAUACUGAUAUUCUAGGCAAAGAAAACGAGUUCAACAACGAAAAAUACACGCAACAUGCAUCUAAACUGUUUAGAAAAGUGUCGUCUGCUAUUUCAAGAAAAAUAACUGCAAGUGAUAUAGAAAUAGACUACGGAAAAGAGUUGGAUAAAGAAAAAGAAAAACAGAAGUCUAGAGCUAGAGCACAUAAGGCAGAAAUUACUAAAAAAGUGUCUGCUGCUAUUUCGACAAAAAUUAAAUUAAGUGAUAUAAGAGAAGAAAUAAUAGAAAUUGACGAUGAUCUACAACCCGAGCAAAAGUUAGGUAAUGAAAAAGAAAUACGAAAACACUUUGGAUAUAUAAAAGAAAUGGGACCAAAAGUAUCUACUGUUAGAAAAAUAAGAACAUGUCGUAUAGAGAGAGAAGCAAUAAUAUCAAUUCAAGAUGAUUUAAAAGACGGUAAGGAAAAAGAAGAACCAAAAGACGACUCAGUAAAUGCUGUUGAAUUGCUCCAGGACACUGCUUGUUCAAGACAAAUAAAACUAAGUCAUACAAUACAGAGAGCAAUAAUAUCAAAUCAUCAAGAUGAUUUAGACUGCGGAAAAGAUUUGGAUAAAGAAAACGAAGAACAGGAAUCUACUGCACAUAAGGCUGAAAUUACUAACAACGCGUCUGUUGCUAUUUCGAGAAAAAUGAAAUUAAGUGAGAUAAGAGAAGAAAUAAUAGAAAUUGAAGAUGAUCUACAGCACGAACAAAGGUUAGGCAAUGAAAAAGAAAUACGAAAACAAGCUGAUUAUAUAAAGAAAAUGGUACAAAAAGUAUCUACUGAUAGAAAAAUAACAAGUGGUAUAGAAGAGGAAGCAAUUCAAGAUUAUUUAGAAGACGGUAAGGAAGAAGAACAAGCAGACUCAGUAAAUGCUGUUGAAAUGCUCCAGGACACUGCUGUUUUAAGACAAAUAAAACCGAGUCAUACAAGACAGAGAGCAAACAUAUCAAGCCAUCAAGAUUAUUUAGACCUCGGAAAAGAUUUGGAUAUAGAAAAAGUACAGAAGUCUAGUGCUCAUAAGGCUGAAAUGACUAAAAAAGUGUCUGCUGCUAUUUCGAGAAAUUUGAAAUUAAGAGAAGAAAUAAUAGAAAUUAAAGAUGAUUUACAACACGAACAAAAUUUAAAUAAUGAAAAAGAAAUGCGUAAACAAAUUGAACAUAUAAAGGAAGUGGUUCAAAAAGUAUCUACUGAUAGAAAAAUAAGUUGUAUAGAAGAGGAAGCAAUAACGUCAAUUCAAAAUGAUUUAGAAGAAAAGCAAGAAAUUGGUAAUAAAAAAGAAGAACAAAAAGACUCAGUAAAUGCUGUUGAAUUGUUCCAGAACACUGCUUUUUCAGGACAAAUAAAACAUACAAGACAGAGAGCAAUCAUGUCAAGUCAUCAAGAUGAUUUAGAAUACGAAACAGAUUUGGGUAAAGAAAAAGAAGAACAGAAGUCUAGUUUACAUCAGGCUGAAAUGAUUAAAAAAGUAUCUGCUAAUACUUUGAGGAAAAUGAAAUUAAGUGAUACAAGAGACGAAAUAAUAGAAAUUGAAGAUGAUGUAAGUAAUUCAAGAGAAGAAAUAAUAGAAAUCGAAGAUGAUCUACAGCACGAACAAAAGUUAGUUAAUGAAAAAGAAAUGCGUAAACACAUUGAACAUAUAAAGGAAGUGGUUCAAAAAGUAUCUACUGAUAGAAAAAUAAGUGGUAUAGAAGAGGAAGCGAUAAUGUCAAUUCAAAAUGAUUUAGAAGAAAAGCAAGAAAUUGGUAAGGAAAAAGAAGAACAAAAAGACUCAGUAAAUGCUGUUGAAUUGUUCCAGAACACUGCUUUUUCAGGACAAAUAAAACAUACAAGACAGAGAGCAAUCAUGUCAAGUCAUCAAGAUGAUUUAGAAUACGAAACAGAUUUGGAUAAAGAAAAAGAAGAACAGAAGUCUAGUUUACAUAAGGCUGAAAUGAUUAAAAAAGUAUCUGCUAAUACUUUGAGAAAAAUGAAAUUAAGUGAUACAAGAGACGAAAUAAUAGAAAUUGAAGAUGAUGUAAGUAAUUCAAGAGAAGAAAUAAUAGAAAUCGAAGAUGAUCUACAGCACGAACAAAAGUUAGUUAAUGAAAAAGAAAUACCAAAACUCACUGAACAUAUAAGAAAACUGUUUCAAAAAGUAUGUACUAAUAGAAAAAUAAGUGGUAUAAAAGAGGAAGCAAUAAUGUCAAUUCAAGAUGUAGAACACGAGCAAGAAAUUGCUAAAGAAAAAGAAGUACAAAAAAACUCAGUAAAUGCUGUUGAAUUGCUCCAGGAGACUGAUUUUUCAGGACGAGAAAAGUUGAGUCAUACAAGACAAACACCAAUCAUGUCAAGUCAUCAAGAUGAUUUAGACUUCGGAAAAGAUUUGGAUAAAGAAAAAGAAGAACAGAAGUCUAGUUUACAUAAGGCUGAAAUGAUUAAAAAAGUGUCUGCUGCUACUUUGAGAAAAAUGAAAUUAAGUGAUACAAGAGACGAAAUAAUAGAAAUCGAAGAUGAUCUACAGCACGAACAAAAGUUAGUUAAUGAAAAAGAAAUACCAAAACUCACUGAAGAUAUAAGAAAACGGUUUCAAAAAGUAUGUACUAAUAGAAAAAUAAGUGAUAUAGAAGAGGAAGCAAUAAUGUCAAUUCAAGAUGUAGAACACGAGCAAGAAAUUGCUAAAGAAAAAGAAGUACAAAGAGACUCAGUAAAUGCUGUUGAAUUGCUCCAGGAGACUGAUUUUUCAGGACAAGAAAAAUUGAGUCAUAUAAGACAAACACCAAUCAUGUCAAGUCAUCAAGAUGAUUUAGACUUCGGAAAAGAUUUAGAUAAAGAAAAAGAACAACAGGAGUUUAGUGCACCUAAAAAGGUGUCUUCUGCUAUUUUAAGAAAACUAAAACCCAUUAAUACAAGACAAGAAGCGAUAAUAGAAAUUGAAGAUGACCUACGGUACAAACAAAAGUUAGAUGACGAAAAAGAAAUGCAAAGACACACUGUACAUACCGUUGAAAUGGUUCAAAACGUAUGUACUAAUAUUUCAAGAAAAACAAGAACAAGUGAUACAGAACAGAAAUCAAAAAGGUCAAUUAUAUAUGAUUUGUUGUCCGAAAGAAUUUCUCAGUGUCUCAGAAGAGAGAAACAGAAAUAUAAUUAUAAUUCGCCUCCUAAAAUGUUUCAAAAUAUAUCUACUAUUUCAAGACAAAUAAAAUCAAGUAAGGGAAUACAAAAAUUAUUAUCUGUUCAAGAGCAAGAGCAUGAAAAGGCGGAAGAAAGAUCUACUGAAAAUUAUUUUCAAGGGUAUAGCCAACAAAAAAUACAGAAAUGUAUUGCAAAUGGUUCUAAAAUGGUUCAAAAAUUGUCUACUGCUCUUUCAGAAUUGAAACUAACGAACACAGAAGAGGAACCAAUAAUGUCCAUCCAAAGUGAUGUACACCCAGAGAUACAGUUGGAUAACGACAUGGAAAUAGAGAAAAUUACUGAAAACUCCUCUGAAAUGGUUCAGAAACUGUCAACUGCCAUUUCAGGAAAAGCUAAACUGAAUAAUAGAAGGCAUGGCACAAAAAUGUCAAUCCAAUGUGAUUUAGAGUACGAACAAAAAUUGAAGAACGGAAACGAAGAAAGAGAUCAAUCCAAACAAAUCGAAAUACUAUGUGAUGAUGAAGUCGCACAGACACGCUCAGAGAUUUCUGCUUGCACUGAUGUUUAUUCAAAAAAUACCGAACAACCAGGAGUUCGUCAGCUGGUUGUGAUCUUGAAAAGAUUUGAUGCAAAUAUAUAUCAGAAAAAAUCAACUAAAGAGUUGUGUUCUGAACAUGUAAGAAACAUAAAUUUAAAAGAUGCAGAGAGAGAAACUAACACGAUCGACAAUGUUGAAAAAUCUUUGGAAAAAAUGUUCCAAUCCCUGGAUUCAGGAAAUAGUACAACAGUCCAAGAAAAGAAAACCAGUCAUAACAAAAUAUCGUUAAGGAGAAAACGAAAAAGUAAAGAAAGCGGCCCGUCUUCCGCAACGCACCAAGAUUCCAUACUUGAAAUGAGUCAUAUUACGGACACAAGCAAUGCUGCUAUAAUAUAUAAACGAAGAAGAACGCUAUGUAAUCCCAAUGAUAUUACUAUGCUCCCCGACCAAGACGACGAGGUUGAGAGGUACAGAAGACGGCUUUCUAAGGAAUAUCCUCUUCAAGAGGAACUAGAUUUACGUAGAUCGAAUAUAAUACAUUCAACCCCAGAGAAGACCAAAGAACUAUCCCAAUCCAAGCGCCCUGUCGAAGAUAGUAUUAAUUUGGAUGAAAUCAAUAUUCAGAAAUGCAUAGAACAUACUCCAGCAAAUCCUAUCAGAAAAGACAGUGAUUCAUCAAAUUCCCUUACUAAAAAACAUGCUAAAGAGCAUCAUCUGCUGAGGUCGUCUAGAAAGGAAAAGACCAAAAAGAGAAUUAAUUUCCAAGACCUUCCACUGUUUGGCGCAGAUGCAAUUAAUCUACACAAAACAAAAAAGAUGACACAAAAAAGAAGACAUGAAGGAUUUGCUAAGGUAAACAAAGAUGACAGAAGUAUGUUAAAUAAAUCGUUUCACGAGAUUUUUGGUUGGUCAGAUGAUGGCGAAACUUUCUUGAAGGAAGUUCUUUCUAAAUCGUGUGGUAAGCAUUAAUCAGAUUGUUCCUAAACACUCUUCACGAUAUUUCGAUGAUUUCGAGAGUUUUGAUAUUUCGAUGAAACACUUUCAGACGACAGCCACACUCGUAAUAUAAAGUUAUUUUGUAUUAUACAGGGUAUUAGAAGUUCUUAAAUGAUUGUGAAAAUUUAUAAAAAUUAUUGAUUUUGCUAAUACUCUUCAAUUCAAUACUUCUUCUUCUUAAAAUUCCCUCUCCUACCGGAGGUUGGAUAUCAUAAUGGCUAUGGUCACUUUGUUGGCUGCUGCUCUGAACAGUUGUAAAGCCAUUCUCCAAGGUUCCUCAGCCAGGAGAUGCGUCUUCUUCCUAUGCUUCUUCUUCCUUGGAGCCUUCCUUGCAUAAUAAUUCUCAGCAACUCAUAUUUUUCUCCUCUGGUAAUGUGACCCAAAUAUUCCAGUUUUCUAGUUUUUAUACUCUUCAUAAUUUUUAACUCCUUAUUUAAACGUCGUAGCACUUUAACAUUGGUAAUCCUUUGAACCCACUGAAUUUUCAUUAUUCUUCUGUAACACCACAUUUCGAACGCUUCUAUUCUUCUUAUGUGUUGUCUCUUCAAUGUCCAAGCUUCCAUUCCGUAUAGCAAUAC